AUGCAUAUGAACAUCGAAGAUAAAUCAUAUUUAUGUAAAUAUUGUGGAAAGACAUGUAGUUGCACUUCACAAUUGAAAGUGCAUUUGAGAAUACAUACUGGAGAUAAACCGUAUUCUUGUGAUCUUUGUGAAAAGACAUUUUCUGUGAGUGAAAACUUAAAAGCCCAUUUGAGGGUACAUACUAAAGAAAAACCAUAUUCUUGUGAAAUUUGUAAAAAGUCAUUUUCUCGGAGGGGGAAUCUAAGAACGCAUUUGCGGAUACAUACUGAAGAAAAACCGUAUUCUUGUGAAAUUUGCAAUGGAGGUUUACAGAACCAUUUGAGGACACAUACUAAAGAAAAACCAUACUCUUGUAAAAUUUGUAAAAAGUCAUUUUCUCAGAGUGGAAGUUUAAGGAAGCAUUUGAGAACAAAUUCUGAAGAAAAACCAUACUCUUGUGAACUUUGUAAGAAAUCAUUUUCUCAGAGUGGAAGUUUGAAGAUUCAUUUGAGGAUACAUUCUAACGAAAAGCCAUAUUCUUGUGAAAUUUGUAAGAAGUCAUAUUUUCGAAGUGAAAGUCUCAGGAAGCAUUUGAGGACACAUACUAAAGAAAAACCAUACUCUUGUGACAUUUGUAAUAAGUCAUUUUCUCUCAGGGGAAGUUUGAAGAUUCAUUUGAGGAUACAUUCUAACGAAAAGCCAUAUUCUUGUGAAAUUUUGGAAUCAUUUUCUCACAAUGGAAAUUUAAAGAUCCAUUUGAGGACACAUACUAAAGAGAAACCAUAUUCUUGUGAAAUUUCCCAUACUAUAGCUAAGGCUUCUUUGUUGAUUUGCGAAUACCGUUGUUCGGUCGAAGAAAGAGUUUUAGAUGUAAAAGCAAGCGGACGUUCUGAACCAUCUGGAAAUUUAUGUGACAAUAUUGCUCCUAGUCCAACUGGUGACGCAUCAGUUGCCAACAAAAGUGGAAAUCGUCGGUAUGAUGCUGUCCUGUGCCCUGUUCCUCAUGAUCAACUGAUGUAG